AUGAAUUAUGCAUCUAUUAUAUUUACCGAAUGUAUAACUUUAAUAACUGUGUUGAUCUCAAGCAGGAAGGAUUGUGGUGACUCUGAACUUGUGGAAGAGGUUGCUAGGGAUUACGUAGGCGAAACUCUCCAGGAAGAGCUUGACAUACACAAUUCUUUCACAAUACCAGAACCCAAAAGAGUUCUUAUCAUCCUAGACAAUGUGUGCAAACCUCUGGAUGCAGAUGGUUUUCUGAAUGGGUUUGAUUGGGUUGGUCCAGGAAACCUAAUAAUCAUAACAUCUAGAGAUAAACAAGUAUUCUUGCAAUGUGGCAUUGAUCAAAUAUAUGAGGUCAAAGGUUUAAACGAAGAUGAGGCCAAGCAACUAUUCUUCAGAUGCGCAUUUGGGAUAGAUUGGAGAAAAAAACAUGGCUUGGAAAAUCUUGCACCUGACUUGAUGUCAGUAAUUCAAUAUUCUAGUGGAAACCCUCUAGCUCUCAGCCUCUAUGGAAAAAUGAUGUCACACAAAAAACCAAAGGAAAUGGAGGCAGAGCUCCUUAGUGAAAAAGCAAGAACUUCUAGAGAUAGUAUUUAA